AUGGAUUUACCAUUAUCCGCACCUUUUCUUUACCUACUCACUGAAGAGGGUAAUCGAAAAUCCCCAGCGAGCGUGAAUACACCCGCAGACGAAGAAGAUGCAUGGCCAUCAGAUAUACUUGAUUUUCAGCAUUUUGUUGAGAUUUACCAAGAACGUGGACGAUUUCUAAAGGAUUUAAUGAUCUACUGUCGGGAAAAGAAGGCAAUUAAGUUUGCCCCAGGCAGUGUGGAAUACUUGAAAGCGGAUUUACAGUUGCAACAACGCAUUUUCUCAUGUGACCUGGAGUCGUUGUGUAUCACAAUGACAUUUGGUUCAGUGACUCAGCGAUUCGGUCAGACUGAAUUUCCUCUCACAAGACGAUACGACACUGCUGUUGCCGGAACAGCAAGUACAGACGAAGUAGAUGAGUCGACCGAAAGCGAUGAAACACUGUGCUCGUCUAAUGCGGAAUCGUAUGUUCGCAGGUGUCUACAUUUUGCCCUUGAACAUGGGAUACGCAGACAACUGAAUGCAUUUCGUGCUGGAUUUGAACGCGUUAUCCCGAUUAGUUCACUAUCUAUGUUCACCCCGAAGGAGUUGGGUCAGCUUAUUUCCGGUGAGUCCAGUCCGGUUUGGAAUGCUAAGGAAUUGUGGACUCAUUGUGAACCGGCUGCCGGGUACAAUCGUAAUUCCAAAGGAUUUCUCAUGCUCAUCGAAACUCUGGCCAGUUUUGAUACAAUCGAGCGACGAGCUUUUCUUCGUUUUGUCACAGGCACAUACACACACAGUGGUCAUUCUUCUGUUGCAUAUUGGGUCCAUGCCGAAGAGCAUCAAAAUUCAGGCUCAGUAGUGGAGCAGUCAAGUUAUAAGGAAUUUGCCAGGGCAAUGAAUGAUACUGCUGAUAAAAUACCGUCCUAUUCAUCCUGCUAUGCUGGAAGACAUGCAGCUCAAUCCCUAAUAAGCAAAUAUACCGGUUACGCCACCAGUGCAACAGGUAUAUCCUGUGAGCUUGUUAACCGAAAUGACCCACCAAUCGAAUGCAACAUUGGAUGUAAUGUUUCUAAUUUGACUGGAAGAAAGCUGGCUCCAUUAAAUUGUGGUCCGUUGGGUGAAACACUUAAUGAUCAAGCAACAAAGCAUCGCCUGAGAGCCGAGCUUCCUCAUUUGACUCGGAGAGAUAUAAGCAAAAUACGUGAACCAAUAUACGAUAUACUCUGUCAGAGUCUGUUGCAGAAUGGGUAUCACAAAUCUUUCGCUGAAAUAUUCCAUCUGUACGAAAAACAAAACGAGGACAGACGACUGGCCGGACCUGAUUCACCCCUGUGGUUUAUUCCUCCGAUUGCGGAACAGCCAGACAAGAUCAAACUACUCGCUUAUCAUCUUUCCGAAGCCGAAUCGGCGCUCAGACGUCGAGAUCCGCACACUGUAUUCAGCUCGUACCUUCUCCUCGGUCGAGAAUUUCAAGAUUGUCCAGACGAUGUUUGGUUAGCUGAACACUUUUUUCAAUACGCUCUCCAGAUUGCGGAGGGGAUUACAGACGAUGACAAACUGAAAUUGGCCGUCGCUCACCAGCAUUAUGGAUUGGUAUUACAGAUGCGAGGACAGUUGGCUCUUGCUGCACAAAGUCUUCGGGAGUUCUAUCGAUUGACUCGUGAAAAACAGUGGACAAACGAUUGUGGUCAAUUGUUAUCACGAUUGGCCUCUCAGUUUUUGGUGGAUAAUUAUUUGAAACAAAUAGACGACUGUCCAGAAGAUUAUCACUCUAAUCGAAUAGAGCUUUGUCGUCAAGCUCACAAAAUUGCACUCGAAUGCAAUGAUUGGGAUACAGAGGCUAUGGUUUGGCUUCGUCUUGGACAAUUGCUUGAGGAAGCCGGGUACUACGACGAGGCUCUUGAAUGCCUCAAUGUCAACGACUGCCGCGAUUCCAUUGAAGCCGCACGUAUAAUGAUUGGGGUUUCACGGGCACAUCUGAUGAAUCAAGCGUAUGUGUUAAACAUGCAAGACGAAAAUCCUCCGGGAAUCUUACGCCUGAUUUCGUGGAAGUCAAAACCGGUGAAUGAAGAGCAGGUGUUUCCCAUCAAGGAACUAAAGCUACCGCCGAUCCGGUUCAACGAUCGUCAACCAAAUCGUGAUGUCCUGACCUACUCCAAGCAUCCGGCAACUGGCUUUUUGCAUCGGAAAUAA